GGCGCACAGCCACUUCCGCUUCCGGUCCGUCGCUGCCUUCGGUUGCUUCCCGUCCGCUCGGCGGCUCCCCUCCCCCCCGCCCGGCUCUCUGCGCCCCUCCCGGGCGCCGGGGCGGCGGGGCCGUCGGCGUGCGGCCUUUCCGUGCGUCCGCGCGUGCGCCCGAGUGUGCCUCCGUGUCCGCCGCCCGCAGCCAGGCGCGCGCCCCGCGACACCGAGGCCGAGCGGGGGCAGGGGGUUGCCCGCCAUGACCCCCCGGAGCCCGGCGUGAGGGGCCGAGGGCCUUUCCUUCUCAGAUGUGGUGAUCCACCAGCUCCUGCCGCUGUCUUCUUUCUCGAGUCCUCCAUCUCGCCAUACCCCAGGGGGCUCGCCGCCCUCGCCACUGCCUGCCACCAUGUCGACCUCGUCACUGCGGCGCCAGAUGAAGAACAUAGUCCACAACUACUCAGAGGCCGAGAUCAAGGUCCGAGAAGCCACGAGCAACGACCCCUGGGGCCCAUCCAGCUCCCUGAUGUCUGAGAUCGCUGACCUCACCUACAAUGUCGUUGCCUUCUCCGAGAUCAUGAGCAUGAUUUGGAAGCGGCUCAAUGACCAUGGCAAGAACUGGAGGCAUGUCUACAAGGCCAUGACCCUGAUGGAGUACCUCAUCAAGACGGGCUCGGAGCGCGUGUCGCAGCAGUGCAAGGAGAACAUGUACGCCGUGCAGACGCUGAAGGACUUCCAGUACGUGGACCGUGAUGGCAAGGACCAGGGCGUGAACGUGCGUGAGAAGGCCAAACAGCUGGUGGCCUUGCUGCGGGACGAGGACCGGCUGCGGGAGGAGCGCGCUCAUGCGCUCAAGACCAAGGAGAAGCUGGCGCAGACUGCCACGGCCUCCUCAGCAGCGGUGGGCUCUGGGCCCCCACCCGAGGCAGAGCAGGCGUGGCCGCAAAGCAGCGGGGAGGAGGAGCUGCAGCUGCAGCUGGCCUUGGCCAUGAGCAAGGAGGAGGCUGACCAGCCCCCGCCCUGCGGCCCUGAGGACGACGUCCAGCUCCAGCUGGCCAUUAGUUUGAGCCGAGAGGAGCACGACAAGGAAGAGCGGAUCCGCCGUGGGGAUGAUCUGAGGCUGCAGAUGGCCAUAGAGGAGAGCAGGAGGGAGACCGGCGGCCAGGAGGAGUCAUCCCUCAUGGAUCUUGCCGAUGUCUUCACGGCCCCCGCUCCACCACCAGCCUCAGACCCCUGGGGGGGCCCAGCGCCCAUGAGCGCCCCCACCUCGGACCCUUGGGGCGGGGGCCCUGUCCCUCCAGCUGCUGAUCCUUGGGGGGGUCCGGCCCCUACAGCAGCCUCUGGGGAUCCUUGGAGGCCUGCUGCUCCUACGGGGCCCCCGGUUGACCCUUGGGGUGGGACCCAGGCCCCUGCAGCUGGAGAGGGGCCCGCGCCUGACCCGUGGGGGAGCUCUGAUGGUGGGGCUCCAGUUGGAGGACCCCCUGCCUCAGAUCCCUGGGCUCCAGCCCCAGCCUUCUCAGACCCCUGGGGAGGGUCACCUGCCAAGCCCAGCACCAAUGGCACCGCAGCAGUGGGGUUUGACACGGAGCCUGAUGAGUUCUCUGAUUUUGACCGACUGCGCACGGCCCUGCCGGCCUCUGGAAGCAGCACGGGGGAGCUGGAGCUGCUCGCCGGAGAGGUGCCCGCCCGCAGUCCUGGGGCGUUUGACAUGAGUAGCGUCGGGGGCUCUCUGGCUGAGGCUGUGGGCAGCCCCCCACCUGCAGCUGCUCCAACGCCGCCACCACCCACACGGAAGACUCCGGAGUCCUUCCUGGGCCCUAAUGCAGCCCUGGUUGACCUGGACUCGCUGGUGAGCCGGCCGGGCCCUGCGCCCCCAGGAGCCAAGGCCUCCAACCCCUUCCUGCCAAGCGGAGCCCCGACCUCCGGCCCCUCCAUCACAAACCCCUUCCAGCCCACACCCCCUGCGACGCUCACCCUGAACCAGCUUCGGCUCAGCCCUGUGCCCCCGGUCCCUGGAGCACCACCAACAUACAUCUCUCCCCUUGGUGGGGGCCCUGGCCUGCCCCCCAUGAUGCCCCCAGGCCCCCCGGCCCCCAACACUAACCCCUUCCUCCUAUAAUCCAGGAGGAGGGGGGAAUUUGGCCUGGCCUGGCUUCCCCCAUUUCUGCUCCCUGGGAGACCAGUGUUGUGAGUGCAUGUGAAGCGGGGGACCCCCGCCCUAACCCCAGCACCCUCCCCCUCCUGGGGCCCACUCACACUACACCCUCUUCCAUGUCCCCCCGCCCCACCUCCCCGGAGAGAAACUGGACAUGGGAGAUGGGGAGGGGUGCUGGCCAGAGGAGGACCCCUUUCCUGUGGCAUUAGAGAGGGGAGGGACAGCCGGGGGUCCCCCCACCAUCCCUCUCCCUCCCAACCGGCCCCUCAAUCAGUGUUUGAGCCUUCUCAUCCCCAUGCACACCCCCUGGUGAAUCCUUGGUGAUAAUUUUGGCGACUUCGGGAAUAAAUGGCAGUUCUCAUGGGUGUGGCUUCCCCAAGUUCCCAUCUGUGAUUCACAGGACCCACAGUUGUGGGACCCCAGGCUCCAGUCUUUUCAGAGGUCUACGUUUCCCUGGCCUUUCUCUCCUGGGGGUGGGCCGUGUGGGGCUCCACGGAGCACCCUGGCUCUGGCGGCAUCACUGCCCACUCAGGGCUGGGGAGCUGAUGGCAUUGUUGGGUGGGGGCUGGCAGGCGGCACAUGGGGGUUGGGGGUCGUCCCAGGCUUCGUGAGCUGAGGGUGAGCCUGCGGUAAGGCUUCCUCCUGAGGCGAGGACUGCGUGUGUUUGACACACAAUGGCACUGCCAUGCUAUGUCCCAGUGGAUGCGACCCCUGGCCCACACACGACCCCCCGCCCCCAGCUCCCUACAUGUCCCUCGUCCAGCCAGUGGUCCUGAGAAACUGGUGGCCACUUCUGCUGGAGCCCAGGGCCACCUAUUGGCCAGGGCUGUGGUCUUCCUCUGCUGAUCCACACCCAAUGUUUCCCUGUCCCAGAGUGGUGAGGACUGAGCGUGUCUCCCCAAGGAGGUGGCCCACUUGAGAGUGUGGCUUGUGAGCCCCGGCACAGUCUUGGGGAGGGAGGGCUGAGACUCGGGCGAAGGGCAGUGGGACUGUGUCCCUGGGGGGGACGGCGGUCAGUGUGGGCUUCUUCCUGCAGAUGGGGGAGACUAGGAUUUUGGGGGUGGACGGAGGGGAGAGCAGCAGUCCCCCCACCCAGAGAAGGAAGUGCCUGGGGGCACUGGGGACUUGCAGGAAGUGUUUCCCAGGCUGACCUGGGAGGGUGCGGGGCUGUGGCUGGGUUCAGGGGCGGCACAGGGUGGCCAGGUCAGCACCGCACCCCUGUGGUACUCUUCUUCCGGGAGCCCUGUGGGCCCUUCUUCCACUUCCUUUGGAAAGACACCGAAGCAGCCCUUAACUCAGACCUGGGUUCACUCUCCGGGAAGGCUGUGACAGUCUGCCUUUCUUUCCUUGUCACACGUGUCAGCAUUCGCUCUGGGGUCAGUUCCUUCCCCUUCCUUCGGCACAAGUCCCCUGGGCUCCAAACACCUUUUGUUCCCACGCUCCUUCAUCUGUCCAGAAGCUGCGGGCCACCAUGUCUCAGUAGCGCCUGUGUUUGCAGUGACCCCUCGCGAUCCAUGCUGAAGGAGUGCAGCCAUCCAGAUGUCCCUGCCCCGGGCUCUCGCUGCCUCCGUGGAGCUGCUCCCACUGCCCCGUCAUGGGUGUGUCUGCAGGGCCCCAGGGCUACAGGGGCAGGAUGGCUGGGGUCUUGUCAGGGGAGCGCCUGGGCCUGCGACUGGCCCGUGGUACUGGAGACGGAGGCCCCCCCCCCCCCCGCGCUGUGCUUGCAGGGGGGGAUCCCAGCCCACAAGCCUGCAGGCCUGCAUCCCGAUGGCGCUUGCCACUUCUAGGCACCUCAGUGCGCUUGCGCGCGCGCGGCCCACUGCUUCGGCCUAGCUUGUCUCGCGCGCCUUCUGUGUGCCCUCCGCUCACCUGUCUUAGCCUCUGCCUCUGCCUCACCUUCCCUUGAGAACUCGGUCUGCCCUCUGUGCAGAAUGUCCUCUGGUGUGGCCCCCAUGCGGCCCAGCCCUGCACCUUGGAUCCCUCGCUCCUUUUGCGCUUUCUGUGUGCACACAGCCGGCGCUGGGCUAUGAACCCUCUGGCAGUCCGCGCCUGACGCCCAGGUUGAGGUGGGCCAGCCAGGGUCUAGCUGCCUGCUGAUUUUUGUAAAUAAAGUUUUACUGGAACAC